UGUGGGUAUGUAGUGUUUUUGGUCGCUAGAUACACAAAAGUGCUAGCUAUUUUGUCAUUUCUGUCGUGUUCUCCUCACCUCUCAUGCAUGCAAGCAACUCACAACCAUUCGUGUGAAAUGAAAAAAGAGAAACCCCUCCGCUCAUAUGGUCCACCGCCAUUGAGUAUGACAAUUGACAGAGAAAAGGGCCUUCGAAGAAGCAAUCCCGAACGAAUCCACUCGUAAUAUCUGUCGCCCUGAUGAUGGCAAUCGACAGAAAAGUGGUGUCCAAGAGGGAACGAAAUCUACCAGCCUCCACUAGCAGCAACAACUUGGCCACCUCCACCCCAGCUAUCGCCACCAGAAGCAGCUCCGCCGAAGUCGCCGCCACCGCCGGAGUAAUCAGCAGCGUCACCUCCAGCAUUGCCAGAGAAACCAGCACCACCACCGUAACCGCCAGCGUCGCCAUCCUCGGCAGCAAUCGGCUUCUUGCAGCGGACCUUAGUGUGGCCCAUUUCUUGACAAUUGGAGCACUUAACACGAGACCAGUCCUUUGGCUCGGGGCAGUCUCGGCUUUCGUGACCUUCGACGUCACAGUUGCGACAAACAAUCUUCCGUGGAUUCGUGCAGUCCUGCUUGCGAUGACCUUCCUCACCACAAUUGUGGCAAGCGCCGCCGCCGCCUCCUUGAGGGCAGUCACGAGAAAAGUGACCAACUAUUGCCAUUAAAUUCUAUGGAUGAAGCAGAUUUGGCUGUGAAACAUACCUUCGCCGCACUUCUUGCACUCAACGCCCUCGGCCGAACGAGGUUCUGGACCUAGGACAGCAUCAGUAUGUUUACAGAGCAAAAGUCGACUCUGGUAUUACUUACACUCCUUGGACGAAUGGCCAGACUGCUUGCAAUUGCGGCAUGCAAACUUGUCAGGACGCGGGUUUGGGCCUUUCGCAUUCUUGAUC